GUCAAAAAAGAUUUUUGCACUAAUUUUGCGUGCUAGGUAUAGUUAUUUCUGAACCUUUAGGAUACUACUGUAUAACCUAAGCAUGUAAACUCAAGUUAUUUUGAUCAUUCAUUAGUGAGUGAUGGAUGUCAUGGUUUGUAAUAAGCGAAGUAUGUAGUUCGGCUGGUUAAGCUGAGUAAUAUUUAGCAUGAAUAAAAAGCAUGUGCUGAUUGUACAAUGUCAGGUGAUGCUGGAGUAUCUAGAUUUGCAUCAUUCAUGCAUUAUGUAUAAUACUUUUCUAUGUUCUUAUAAGUGAACAGUGCUUAUUGGUUACUUAUUAGACCAUUAACACCUGCUAUGUGAACAUCUAUUCAGUGUUGACUGUCCCUGGACUUUCUCAUUCCAUCCACAAAGGGUCUGUGCAUCUAACAUGAUCACCAGAGCACCAAGCAAGGAGCCAUAUAUUUUCAAAGGAUUUAAGAGAACAUAUAUAUAGUAUAUAUUUAGGGCUUUUGGUUUGUAUUGGUUAGGGCUUUUCCACCAUCAUGCCUGCAGCUGCUGUUUUAACCCGCUCUUGCUUGCCGUGACGUCAACAGUACAUUUCCUUCCUGUUUCUUGUGUGGUGUGUCUACAAAGAAAGAUAAGGGAGCACAGCUAGAGCAGCCAUGGAGGACGAGAGAAAAAGUUGUUUACAGAAUGCUACAGAAGCACGGCUGUUGUAACGCGUUGGACGGAACGAAAAGCACCCCUAAGCUGUCAUAUUCCCGGCUGCUUAACUACUGGAAACAGCAAUGAAGUGAAACUUGUCCGUGCCUCUUUGGUUCUAUUUGAACAUGGAUGUUCAAACAUGUUGCCUUUUCAUAGAGCUUGAAGUGUUCUCUAAAUCAAACUAAAACUUUUUGGAACUGAAACCAACACCCUUAAGCCCGAAAAGGCCCACUGUGAUGACUUCUUAGGCCUAUUUUUGGUGUUCAACAUGGCCGCUGUGGUUCAGCAGACCGAGGGCGCCUGGGAUGGCGCAGUCAAACAAGAAGACGACUCUUUGCAGUUGGCAGAUCCAUCCUCUUUCCCGGCCGUAAUCGUGGAGCAAAUGCCACAUAGCCACCUGCUCAAUUAUUCGGGACUGACUUGUGACCAGCCAUUAAGACUGGGUUUGGAGCAAGAUACUGUUGAUGACAUGACACAACUGUCAGUGGAAGCUUAUCAGAGUGGUCAUGAAGAUGCCAUGAUGGAGAGUGCAGAAGCUGCUGAAGCCCUGAUGAACAUCGAUUCCUCCACUUCUCUUUCACUGGAUGAGAAGCAGAUCCCUCAAAUGUUUUUUUUGACGUCAUCUCUGGUAGAGGGUAACCAGUUUUUAACGGACGGUGUUGUCGGACAGCAACAGUGGAUCCACCUUCAAAAAGGAUCUUUACCAGAUGAUAAACCAAAGGCUAAAAAGGGUAGAAGACCCAAACGACCACGGGCACAUUCUCCAAUGCCGGACAUAACUAUUAAGAAGAGCAAGGACAGCAAAGGAAAUACAUUGUACCUUUGGGAGUUUUUGAUUGCUUUGCUGCAGGACAAGAACGCUUGUCCCAGAUACAUCAAGUGGACCAAUUGGGAAAAGGGCAUAUUCAAGCUUGUGGACUCCAAGGCCGUGUCACAGUUAUGGGGAAAACACAAAAACAAACCGGACAUGAACUAUGAAACAAUGGGAAGAGCACUUCGAUACUACUAUCAGCGUGGUAUCCUGAAUAAAGUCGAGGGUCAGAGACUGGUGUAUCAGUUUGCAGUGAUGCCAAAAAACAUCGUCUACAUAGGUGAUGACAGUGACGGCCCUGGUGGCAAUAAUAUCAACGUUUCAAACGAGGAUGAUGAUGAUCACUCCAGUGAGGCAUCCAUCAAUGAACUAACAUCUUUAAACUUCACCUCUCCCUCCCAAUCAAAAUUGCUCACUUCCAAAACACCUUCUAUGAGUACCAAAGUUCGGAAGGCUGUGAAUGGAGGCCAACGUAAGCCAGUUAACAACCCCAUUGAGGUUACAGGAGCCACCAAACCAGCCCGUUCAUUAGGUCUCAUCCAGCAACAGCAUCUACCCAUUGUUUCUGCAGAGAUGAUUAAAACUCUUCAGAAUGUCCAGUCCAUUCAACCAGGCCAGCACGGGUCGGUUUUCCGCACGGCUCAGCUGUUAGAAAGUCUUCGUGUUAAGCAAGAGACCGUUGAGGUCAAGCAGGAGCCGCUGGAGGUUCAGCAGGAUGGCCAGGCACCUCAGAUCGUUACGCUCCAACUGGUACCUGUAUCUUCCACUGAAGAGGGAAUGGAUGGAUCUGUAACUUCUCCUCAGUUCAUCAUGCAAGCAAUUCCAGAGACCAUCCCAGAGGAGAUGACCCUCGUAGUACAGAACGUCACCUUGGACAAGGCUACUUCUGAUCCUUGCCAAGAUUUUGUCAAGGAAAAGAGCGAAGAAGCCAUCAUCUCUAGUUCUGUGUCAAGUAGUGCCUCAGUAGUGACAUUUGCUGGAGGGCAACAGUUGGUUUCUCAACCUUCUGGUACCGUUAUCCGUUCUGUAGUCACUGCAACGGAACCAAAGAUAUCAGGUCAAAUAAGUGACCCCGACCCCGGAGAGGUCUGUGAAGCUCCUGAAAACUCCCUUGACGUCCCACAAAGUCCAAGCUUGGAUAAGAAGAACCUCUCGGAAAUAAAGGUGGAGCCAUUAAGUGUGGUCAUCUUUAAUGACUCAUGGGUGGGUUACACUUCCAGCGCAACCACAGAGUCGUCAGACUAGACUGAAACCUCAUUUUGUCUAAUGCCAUUAAGGCCUUACUCAUCACAUUCCUUUGGGACUUGCACAUGCACUGGAAUUCACAGGCACUCCUUUUUCUUUCUUUUUGCCUCUUGUUUUGUUUGCACCAGAUUUGCCUUGCUAUGCCAUGCAAAGAUUAUUUUUAGGCGGAUCACUGAUUCUUAUGCAGCUUAUUCUGGCCUUAAAUCCUAUUUUCCUUACUUAAGUGCCCUAAAUAAUGUACUGCAAUGUUGUUCCUCAGGGUUCUUCUCUGACACAACCAGUGAUGUGUCGAUAAUGUCGCCAUGAAAUGGACGGCCAAUUGCAGCCACUUUUUAUCGUUCACAGGAGAGCUAGGCUCCCGGCUUAAUGAUAGCUCCUGGAUGGUGAUGGUCAAAUGAAUUAGUGAUGCUGUACGUGAUGCAUAUCUUCUUGGUAAAGAAGCAUGAGUGCAGACAUGUAGGUAACUGAUUCAUACCUGGAUCAAAUGUGUGACUUGGCUAUAAAUAUUUAAAAAAAAAAAAAGAUGCUGUAUUUUUAUUGACCAAAUAAAUUUUCUUGCUAAAAAGCUAUAUGUUUUAAAAGCUGAUCAUGUGCUGUUGACUGUAUUGCUGUUAAUGUUAUUUGAGAAAUAUAUUGUAUGUGACCAAAAGGAACUGAAAAUUCAGGUGUUGCAUCAACGUGACAAUCAUUUCAUGUUACUUUACUCACUAAAUAUGUAUAUUCUGUUCGAAAGAAGUUGCUAAUGAUGCACUGCAGCCUGGUUUGAGAUGAAUUCUAUUGAGAUGGAAAAGCAAGUACUGAGCUAUAAACAUUCCUUACCACAAGAUGCUGCAGUUCAUAUUAUUUGUAUACAUUUUAGGAUCUGUCCAGGGCCUGCCUAACUUCAUUUGGACUUGUGUUAAAAUCAUGUUUUCGGUUAAAUGGAAUUUGGGUCCAAAAUGGAAAUUUAAAAUUUGGGGUUCACUAUUUAGAUUUCAAAAACAAGGAACUGGAUCUGGAACUUUCUGGAAGCACAUAUGCAUUUGGCCAUGCACAUGUCCAAACUUUUACGAGGUACUUAACACGGUGUCUUUUGUUCCAUCCAAACGUUUGAUUACAAUGACUGCAUGUUUAAAAUACAAUGACUGAAUAUGAAGCUGUAUGCCUCCAUCAUUACCUACUAAUACUGGGUCAUCUCUUUUUGUAUAUGCCAGUUCUUUAAUCUAUAAUCUUCCUUGUUUGUUUCUGUGUUACAUGCUGUAGUACUGAUAACUGUAACGAAUGAAUGUGACUCCCAAUUUUUUUAUUGCAUUUUUUUUUUUUUAUUGGAAAAGCCUGUACAAUGCUCCUGGAUAUCAAAGCCAUAAUGUUGGUGUUUCUAAUUAAAUAUCAUUGAAAAUGUC